UUUGCAUUAUUUGUCCGGCGAGGCGGUGCGAGAAAUACGCGACCGAUGUACGAUCGGUUCAUUUAUUUAUCGCGGUCCGAAGGAAACUGAUCGUGAAACAUGUUGUGAAUGUUUCACGCGGCUCGUUCUUUACCCUCGCUUCGUUCUUAUCCACUUCGAAAUUCUUACUAAAGGGCGCGUAACACCGGGAAACCUCGAUUCUCGUUUAAAAAAUUGAAACACCAUUUCUCGUGCCACUCGAACACUGCGGUCUGUCUUACACCGAGAUACGACGGUUUCGCGACAACAUGCAAUUCGUUACGUUAUUCACGUUCGUACUUUUACUACUCCGUCAAUUCUCAACCACCGUUGGAUUCAACAUUCUUGGAAUUUGUCCUAGCACCAGUUACAGCCACCAACAACCUUUUCAAGCAUUGAUGAAAGCUUUGGCGGCUCGUGGACACAAUGUCACCGUCGUAUCGACCAUUCCCUCAAAGAAGCCGAUCAAGAACUACGAGGACGUCGAUUUGUCGUUCACUUAUCGAAGAAAAGAUUGCACCGGUUUAAGGCACAUGGGAGCGUUCAGCCUUCUGCGGAAGAAUAUGCGUGAGGCGAACGAUUUAUGCGAGGAGCAACUGUUCAGCGCGCCCAUCGCCCAUCUAAUAUCUAGCAACAAAACCUUCGACGCCGUGAUUAUCGAACAAUUAUGGUACCAGUGUUAUUACGCUCUGGUGAACCAUUAUAAUUCCCCGGUUCUCAUCGGAUUUUUGAGCGUCGGCAACCUGCCCUACGUUAUGGAUUCUGUUGGAAACCCGGACGAUCCAUUCUUGAAUCCCGACAUGGCCUACCCUUUCACCAAUAAAAUGUCUCUUAAUGAACGUAUCUGGAACACCGUAUACACAACGUGGACCAGGAUAUACUACAAGUACUGGCAUUUACCGAGAGCCCAGAAGAUUGUUAACAAGUGGAGCACCGAUAUCUCGAUCGAGGAUAUCGAUAGGAACUUUAGUCUGGUGAUAUUGGGAAACAAUCACGUAUUCGGGUAUCCGAAACCGCUGCUGCCAAAUGUGAUCGAGGUUCACAGCCUCCAGAUCACGGAGAAGAGCGAAUCGUUGCCCAAGGAUAUUCAAGAAUUCCUGGACAACGCGGUACACGGGGCGAUUUAUUUCUCUCUAGGCUCGAAUCUGCAAACUCAUCAGUUGCCCGCCGGUCCUUUGACCGCAUUGUACAACGCGCUUGGUUCGCUGAAGCAAAGAGUUCUAUGGAAACACGCCGGGGACAUGGCCAUUCAUCCAGGCAACAUCAAAUUUGUGAAAUGGGUGCCCCAGCAAGCGGUUCUCGCGCAUCCGAAAGUGAUGACCUACGUGAUGCAAGGUGGAUUGCAGUCGUUGCAAGAGGCGGUGCACUAUUCUGUUCCGGUAGUCGCCAUUCCCUUUUUCGGGGAUCAACUUUUCAACGCGCGUAAAAUCCUCGACGCCGGUAUCGGACUUACAUUGAACAUCGAUACCGUCACCGAGGAAUCCAUCGUCCGUACUCUCACCGACAUUAUAGAAAAUAAAACGUAUCAUAAUAAUAUGAAGAUCAUGUCGGAGAUCGUAAAAGACGAAAUGGUGAAACCCAUGGACCGUGCAGUUUGGAAUAUAGAACACGUUAUUAAAUUUUCGAAAUGGAAGCAUUUACGUUAUCACGGUCACGAUAUUUCGUUGAUCGAUUAUUAUGGAACAUUCGUAGUGAUUGUUCUACCGUUAAUUAUAUUAUUAUCUUGUGCAUACUUAUUGCUGAGUAACUUAAAAACUAAUGUUUCAAACAUUUAUAUGCUAGGUCGAGUUAUACUAUUUGGGAAAGAAAAAGCUGAAUAGAGAUUUAUUUUGCAUUGAUUUUCUUAAAAUUGAUUGUAUGAUCAAGUAUAUACAAGUGUCUUUUGACUUGAUUAGUUUAAAUUGAAAAGAGAAACUGUAAUAUUCAUGUAAGGUAAUGCAAUUGUUGAAUAAAUAUUAUAACUAUCAAACGGUAAGUUAAAAUUUUCUAAAAAUAACAUUAUUCGAUAAGUAUGUGUACUCAGUUAUCGACACAAGAGAAUCUAGGAGUUUUCAAUAUCGACAUUUGCAACUUUUAAUCGUUAAAUUGUAACAAAAAUUGUUAAAAAAGUACUUAUAUGCUGUACGAUUAUUCAGCUAUUUUAUUUACCUAUAGUAUUAAAUAUUAAAAUAUACUGUAUACCAUUUGAAAAACUUUGCGAAAAUAUGUUUAAAAAUUUACAUUUAUCAUAGAUAUAUCAAAUUUAUUCAAAUAUUUGACUCACCAACUCGUGUGGAUUUACUGCGUCAUUGUAUAUGAAAAUGUCUCGAAGAGGCAAAGAUUCACAAGUAAACUUCGGUCGACCGUACCCACUCAUUUCAUUCAAAAACUUGUAACAAAAAACAAAAAUUGAACGAUUAGAUAUGACAAUUCAUGUCCCAUGCACACCUCUAGACACUAAUUCCAGCAAAACAUAAUGAUAUAUUUACAUAUUCGACAUAAUUUGUGUAAUAGAAUUCGACGAGACGCUUCACCCAUGAGUCUGUCACCAGGCACAAUCGAAACGCACUUAUAAUAUCGAAAUAAAGCUAUUUACAACGAAA